GGGGACGCGCCUACACGUCACUUCCGCCAGCGGGCCGGAAGCGCGGCGUUUGCAGCGACCAUGGCGGCGUCGAAGGUGAAGCAGGACAUGCCCCCGCCGGGGGGCUACGGCCCCAUCGACUACAAGCGGAACCUGCCGCGUCGGGGCCUGUCGGGCUACAGCAUGUUCGCCGUGGGCAUCGGGACGCUGCUGUUUGGGUAUUGGGGCAUGAUGAAGUGGAACCGAGAACGCAGGCGCCUGCACAUUGAGGACCUGGAGGCCCGCCUGGCACUGAUGCCCCUGCUGCAGGCCGAGAAGGACCGCAGGGUCUUGCAAAUGCUGCGGGAGAACCUGGAAGAGGAGGCAGUCAUCAUGAAGGAUGUGCCCGACUGGAAGGUGGGCGAGUCGGUGUUUCACAGCACGCGCUGGGUGCCGCCCACGGCCGGAGAGCUGUACGGGCUGCGGAGCUCCGAGGAGAUGCUGCGUGCCAACUACGGCUUCAUGUGGUACACGUAGGCCGCCCCCGGCGGAGG